AUGACGAGAAGGCUGAGGAUGGAAUUAGCAGAUUCGCACUACCCGCUGACGCCGCGACCGGGGAGAGGAAGGACCAAGCACUCGUCCAAGCACAAGCAGAGCACAGAGACAAACGUGCGGAGGUUUCCUAUCGUGACGUCAGGAGAAGCAGCACAGAAGAUGCAAAACCUUCUCUGUGAGCUGGUGAACACAGGAUUCUACACCCGCGAGCUUGAACAGGAGACCUUGUUCGAGGAAACAGAGGAGGAGCAGGAGUUGAGCGAGCCUGGGCGAGAGGAUGCAGAAGAUACCAUGGAUCCUGAUGGAAAGUCGUCGUCUUUGAAGCGAAGGAGGAGACAGGCCAUGGAGAAGUGGGUUGCUGCUGUCUCCUCAAAACAUCCCAAAUCCUCCAACCUGAACCGUCGGGCCAACAUGAUGAGAUUCCUUGGAGAGCCCUGGAGGACUCUGCUGCGAGGAAAGCUGAUCCUCUCGGACCCCUCGCUUCUCGAACACCCGCCCCCGGAGGUUUCCUUCCCCAGCGUCUUCCGAGCUGACGAGGACGGAUGGCUGCACGCCUUCGACCCAUACACUAACUUACGAGGCGACCAGCCCGGUGCGAAGAAUUCAAGUGGCUGCAUCCCUUCUGCCCUCGACGGUGUCUCAAGGGACUUUUGGUUUCAGUUCUCGUCGGUUGACUUCGUUAGUUUGUUUGGGGAAAGGCUGGAAGAUGUACAGCCUUACGAUAAGAACUCAGAGCGAGCGAGUGUACCGCAGCCUCUGCCUCUGCCCUCCAGCGCCAAGGCACUGUGGCAGCGAGAGCUCGACCUUCCUCCUUCUCUCCUCCUUCACCAGAUCAAACGCGUCCUGGAGAGCUACGAGGACGAGCAGCUUCACCUGCCAACCUCCAGCUUCUGGGCGGCUCAGGCGGGCGAGGGAGCUCACUUCAAGUACCUCUUUCCACAGAAGAAGAAGUCCAUCGGUCUUGAUGGUCAGCUCAUCUUCCACGAAGUUGAAGUCAAAAUCUUCACGUCCCAAACUUACAGCGUCGGGUUGCCCUGGAAUCAGAGGGACAAGCUGCUGAGGUCGCUACCCCUCGAGAUCAACGUCAAGCCGCACGGCCUCGUGAACUUCAACGUGAUCCUCGAGGUGAGAAGGCAGGAGCGAGCUUGCGAGGGAGGAAAGAAGGGCAAAGCAGAGAGCAGGAAGAAGGGGACGGGGACGAGAAAGAGGAUGGAAGGGGAGGAGGAGGAGGAGGAGGAGAAGGAGGAGGAGGAGGAGGAGGAGGAGGAGGUGGUGGUGGUGGUGGUUUGCGUGGUGGCCUUGUUCUGA